AUGCAAGCAGCUAUCAACUCCCUGCGUACCAAAGGCGUACUGGUCCUGACACCAGACGAUAAGGACACGCGCAAGGAAUACGAGCGCGCCAUCGCAACCAAUAACCUGCAAUUCCGCUUCUCGCGGCCCGAAUGUGUGGUCCAGCCCGAAAACACGUCGCAAGUGCAGGCUAUCGUGCGCGAGGCCCGGCGGCGUGGCAUUAGGCUGACUAUCAAGUGUAAUGGACACUCUUAUGCUGGGUUCUCCACUGCCUUCGAGGGAAUUUCCCUCGAUUUGCGGAGGAUGAAUCGCGUGUCGCUGGAUAUGCAGCGCAAGGUGGUCACAUUUGAUGCUGGAUGCCAGUGGGGGCAUGUGUAUAGCACCUUGGUGAAUGGACGGCAUGUGGGAUGGAUAAUCAAUGGCGGCCGGUGUCCUACUGUUGGCGUGGACGGGUUUAUACUUGGCGGGGGGCUUGGACCAUUCACGAGAAGCUUCGGUAUGGGGAGCGACACGCUCAUGGAGGCAACAAUGGUGACGGCUGAUGGGGAGGUCGUGACAGUUUCGGAAAAUGAUUCUCCUCAGUCGCCAAAGGGCAGACUCUUUUGGGCGCUGCGCGGAGCCGGACAGGGUAGCUUCGGCGUGGUUACGGAGAUGAAGCUUAAAGUCCAAAAGUUGUCAAGCCGGGACGGUACUGUGGUUGCUGGUCGGUACCAGUGGUUCCCCAAAGAUGGGAUCACUGACGAAGUCCUCGAGGCCAUGAACUCUUUCUAUACCACCGACUGGCCACGCAACAUGACCAUUGACAGCACCUGGAUGUGUGACCUUCGCCAGUCUGUUGGCGACGGGGUCCGCUCCAUCAUAGCGUUUGACGGAAGCAAGCCAGAAUAUGACCGCAAGAUCGAUCGAUUCAUCGCGCAUGAGGAGUUGCGGAAGCAGUUGAAGCGUCGUGUACUGCCCGAGCCGUCAACUCGUUUCCUGUACGAGACGCUGGUCAACCAGUGGAUGGAAGAGACCGAGCGAGCGUUCCCAACCAACAAGACGUAUGAGCUGUUCAGCUCUUUUGUCUACACCAUUGAGGACAAGGGAAAGAUCCAAAAGAUCACGGCAACCAUUCGAGAGCUGAUGAAAGAAUUUAAAGAGUCUUUCCGCGGGGAGCAGGUGGCCUUCUUCGUGACUUGGAUUCAUGCUGGAGGGCGAGCCACAGACUUCGCGCCGACUGACACAGCGUACUUUUGGCGAGGGGCUGUCUAUCAUGCCUAUGUCACCGUCGAAUGGGUCGACAAGUGGAUGGAGCUGGAUAUGCGAUUGUUCCUGGCCAAGGUCAAGCGGGCACUCCGGCCACUAUCAUUUUAUGAGAGGGCGUACUUUGGGGGCAAUGCCGAUGAGCUGAGGAAGGUUAAGAAGAUGUGGGAUAAGGACAACUUCUUCAAGUAUGCACAGAGCGUAAAGCGGCCGGAGGAUCCAGAUGAAGAACCGGAUCAAGAAAGAAAAGAAACCGAGGAAGAUCGGACUGAUAGAUUGGCAAGCGAGGCAUGGGCCUCUUACCAGAUAGAGGAUUUGGAUAAGACCUGUGAAGAGUUGGCUGACUGGGGAUUUUGA